AAGGGACUUACAAAGCCGCAUGCGAGGCGCGGUUCUUUGUUCGAUAUGGCCUCGAUAACUAUCCCUUUGUGUGCGGGUUGAGGGGGACGGGAUGGAAAUGACAAAAGCAUACCGAGAUUCAACGCCCUACCGGCUAUCAUUGACGAUGGCUCACUACACACUACACGGCUUUUGUCGGUACGACAUCGACGAUGUGUUCGGUAGACUUCAGUUUGAAAAGGUUUAGUGUCGUGGUUCUAUCAUGGGGCUGUUUGCUCUUUGGAGCGCGAUGUGAUGAUUCUUCGACAGAUGGAGAAACAUCAGAGCUGGGAGUGGUGGGAGCACCUGGCGUAGAAGUCGAUACGGUUACAGUCACGACAACGAUAGCGUUUAACCCAGAUAGCAACACUGACGGGAACGGUGGCAAUACUCCGAGUGGGAAUACAGAGGAACCUACCCCGACAUCUCUGGAUACUGGGACUCUGCUAUCUUCACCCACUUCUGCUGUAAGUGGAAUCAAAAAGAUCACAAGUUUGUCACAGCCUUCUGAGGUCCUGUCAAAUUCACAGACAAGUUCCGAUAAAUCAAAGGAACCGACAAGGACAUCUAUGUCUUCGUCGCCACCUUACCCCUCAGCAUCGACUUUAGAUACCCCUGGGACACUCCCCUCAUCUGCCAUCGGUGCGAUAGUAGGCAGUAUAUCAGGGGCUAUCCUCCUUUCCGCUGCUAUAUUCUUAUGCUUCCGGGCGUAUAAGCGGAAGAAGCAGCGCGAAGAAGCACAUGAGAGCAUCGAGCUCGACAAGCCACAUGAGGAUAAGAAAUGGCAUCCUCGACGACUCAUCCCAAGCGUGAUCGAUACCACCGGCCUUCGUCGACCACGUGACUUUGAUGAGAACGAUAGACGUGCUGCUAGAAAUGCACGUGGGGGAGAUGCAAACAUAGGCAUCGCGACAGAUGGCACGGAUUUCGUUCCUACGACACCGGCGCUCGAGUCCGGUCGUCGGCCUCUGACGGGUCUACACGCCCGGCGUAUAUCGACCACAUCGCCCUCGGCCUCUAACAGGGAUAGCCUAUACUACAAGCUCCUUGACGAAGUAAAAGCCGGCCCCGCUCAACCUCAGCUCACGAGCGCAACAGCAGCGAGCUCAGCUGUAGACUGGCGAGACCUACAGACGCCUUCCACUCCUCUCGUGGGAUCCUUCAACUUCGAUUUUAACAGAAAACCCUCUGGUUCCGGUUUGGUGGUAACAAAUCCGACACCGGCCGCCCGCCCCGAGGGAACGUUGGGUGAUCGCGCUUGGCACAGGCGCAAGCUGUCUACGACGUUCCAGCCACCACCUAGCGGCCCGCCCUCCAUGCCACUACCGCCUACGCCGCCGGCACGGACACAGCGAUCUAUUGAUAGCGUGAUGUUUUCAUCUAUGCCUGGAUCGACGUCGAAGCCUAAGCAGCAGCCGGUUGGUAAAAGUGGUGAAGAGAAAAUGGGAGGCCUUGCUUUGACCGGUUUGACUGAAUCGACAGAGGCGUUGAUACAGCCGCGAAGUUUGUACACACUUGACGAGCCGGCGAAUAUAAGUACGAUAGCACUAGGGCCCUCGCCAGCUCCGACGCCGCCGCCAAAAGAUGACCUUCUGACCUUACCGAGCACUCGCUAUGAGGGAUCGAAAGAUGGGGGAAAAGGGAAAGGCAACGACGGGAAGGUAAGUGGAGGAAAGGAUGCGCAAUCGCCGACAUUGCCUCCAAUUUCUCAAAGUGGACAAGAAGGUGUAGGGUCAUGGAGUAACAUGAUGCAUGCGGUGGGUGUAGGAGACCGGGAUACGGUUAGUAAAGAAGAAGGAAGAGAAAAACAAGAGCAAGGGCAAGAAACAACGAAGCGACCUGAAUCAUCAAGUACGAUUGGAACGAGUAUUCUGUUCCCAUCGGAAGACGAGUCUCAAGACAAAACGUAGUAUCCAGAUGCUUGAUUUUACUAGACGCUUGGGACUGGACAGGGAAAGAUAGAUAGCGGAAACAGAAAACGAGAACUGUAUCAUCCCACAUGAAAAUAAAUGUUUCUAACUCUGUAAAAAGUUCUUGAUAUGGAGAAUCUAGUCAUUAACCUGGCCAUUUCCCAGAAAUAUUAUUUACAUUAAUCCUUCGCCCUUAAAGGGGGAAAGUCCUUUCAUACCACAUUAACCCAUCUCUCUCCUUUCCUUCCCAUAUCCAGAGACCAAAGUCCAGACGCCCGAAUCAUUAAGACCUAUAUUUUCGAGGCCGUUUUUCCAUGGUCGUGAGUACCCAAAAAGAAAAAAAUGCAGGUAGGCGAAAAACACCAAAGGAAAGACGUUGGUUCGUAGGCCAUAACCUAGCCGAAGGUAUGCAAACUCAACCCAAGACAACAGAAAGAUAAAAGGGGGUAAGUGGUGGUAAGUAAGAGGAUAGGUAGAUAGGUAC